AUGUUGCUCCCGCAAAAGCUCGCUCUCGCUCUCUCUUCGCUCUCUGCGCUCACCCUUGUAGCCGCCCAGAAGUCCAACUUCACCAUCAACCCUGAUGCAGUGCCUAUUGGCACGAGAUCUUCUUGGUGUCUGGCUGAGAUCAAUACUUGCGGGACUCUCUGCGCUGGCAAUCCUGCGUCCAACGACUGCGAUACUACCGACUUGACUUUCCACUGCACCUGCCAGAACAACUCGUCUCCUGGUUUGCAAUACUACACCGGGACUAUGCCCACCUUCGUCUGCCAGCAAGCCUUCCAGGACUGCAUCGCUCAGAACGUCGGUGACAAGUCAGGCCAGGAUAAAUGUACCAGCGACAUCCAGAAGCAAUGCGGCACCCUCGAUCCCAAUAAGGCUGAGACUGGAAACUCGGCUCCUUCCUCCAGUUCCUCCAGUUCCUCGCAUUCUGCCUCAGCCACCAGUGCAGGCACGGCGACCGAGACCGGGGGUGCAUCUGCCCCAAGCUCGACAGCCACCAACGCCGCCCCGAAGAUUGCCGCCCUCGUAGGCAACAGUGUCGCCGGUGUUGCCGCCGGUCUGUUCGUGGCUUUCCUAUAG